AUGCUGCGCCAGGAACAGAAGACACUGGACAGAACUGAAGUUGCCCUCAAGUUGCCAGGCAACUUCUGUAAACAAGGCAGGGACGAGCACUGCAACACCAACGCAGCAAAUCCUUACUCUGAAAUUAAACGCAUCUUGUGCCUGUUAAAACGAGAUCAGGACUGCAGGAGCCACAACGAAAAGGUAACGGUUUCAGUAGAGCUUCCACAAGAUUUCAGUGAAAUCUGGCAGGACUGGAGCGAACGGGGUUACUGGCACCAGCAGCAGCAGCAUUGGGGUCCCUUCAUCAGUGGUGGCAGAGGGAAGACAUCAGCCCUUCGCAGCAAUUGUCGCUCAGUUGCUGAUGACCCUGGUGCGUUGGCUGAGUGCUUGCAUGUCCACAAAGGCCUAGCUGUGGCCUUGCAGAGCACAAACACCACCAUGCCCUUGCAAGACUUCAGCCACUCUGAGAAACAUCAAGUGUAUUACCUGAAAAAGUACCUCAGGCAGAUAGUUGAGGGCCUGAGUUUCUCCAAGGAUGUAUUGGAGCAGCAAGGACUGUCUUAUAAGGAGUACAACUUCAAACACCUCUAUGAUGCUUCUGGUGUCAUUCAAAAGCCAAAAAGUGCCAUUGCUAUGCACUUGAAGCGCUCAGUCAAACUCUACCCUCAGAAGCAACCACUUUCUCCUGUGAAAAAUGAUGGACUUUCUCCUAAGCUCAGAAAGGAGGACAGCCUGUGGGGCUCCAAACUAGAAGCCUCGCCCAAAAAGUUAUCUCUACCACCCGUUCCUUCUUGUAAGACACCAGGUGUACAGGCAUCCCUGGCAAAGCCCUGUGGGAAGUUAUCUGGCUCCCUGACCAGAGGAAGACAGGAAAAGCAGGACUCUGAGAAGAAUAUCCCAGGAUCAGAGAAAAUGACGUGUGGAGUGGAGAAAACAGGGCGGGAGAGUCUGAGCAGGAUGACAGCUCAAUGGACCAUGGAUCAGCAGAGGGCCAGGGGUGGCUCAGUUCAGUGUAACCCCCUUGACUUUGGAAAGCAGAAGUUUGCCGGGAACACAAUCAGGGAUGAGCUUUGUUCUGACAGAAGUUUGAAAAUAUUGGAUGAUAUUCAGGGCAAAGGAAGUGACACGGAAAUCAUAUCCCAGACUCAAGCUGAGAAGACUCCUGGGACAGUCCUCCCCAUCUCCUGCAGUGGGCCGCCUGGUUAUUACUCAAGAGUGCUGUCAACUGAUGAUCCUGCCGAUACAAAUGUUACAGCUGACGACACAGAAAUAAAGUGUCUGAACCCAGAAUCGUCUAUGCAGAGACAUGUGAUCGCCCGUGUUGGGAAAUACAGCUAUACCCCCAAGAAUGCUUUUGAGCAGGAGCUUUACUUUGGCACUGCAAAGAUUGUCCAUCAGGUGGAUGAAAGGAUGAAGGACCAUUUCAUCCUGGACAACUAUGAUCAAUACUGCAAACAUCUCCAGCAGCCUUUCCCAAGACAACCUGAGUGCUGGGGUUGCAAGCCACAGAGGAGGGCAGCUUGGAGACCCAGGAAGGGAGCCUUGAGAUGGAUUGCUCUCCCUACUUUAACUCCUUAUAUUGUGCAUAAUGAAGAGGAAUCACCUCCUACAAAGGCCAGGGAAGUACAAAAGGAGUCCCAGGGCAGUAAUAAAGAAGUGCCUUGGGAUAUACAAGUCCUCAGGACUAUGCUGGAGCAGUGGAAGGAUGCCUGGAACCUGCAUCCCCAGUGGCGAAAUAUCACAACAGAAGGUUUAAUGAGGUCUCUCACAAGUGUGCACGACAUCAGUAGAAUCAAGGCUAUCAUAGCUUGUGCGUCUGCCGCAGUCGAACAACAUGGACGGAAAACCAGCCUUCAGGAGUUCAAUGAGAGAAGCUCCCACUUGCAGGCUGCUGAUCUGCACGUGGUUGCAGUAACAGACAGUGCUGGAAAGUCCUCAGUAACCCAUGAUGGGCUUGCAGAACUACAGCCGUUACUUAGAGAGACCCUGCGGGACGAGAACGCCCAUGUGAGAAUGGCAUCUGCACUGUGUCACUAUGCUAUUGGGAAAAGGAAUGAGGAAGCACAGUCAAUCCUGAAGGAUGCUCUGGCACAUGGCAAUUCUGCAGACAGCUGGGCAGCGGCGCAAUGCCUGGCUCUGGAGAGCACCGUCGCUAUGCCGGUAGUGACGAAGCUCCUUUCUCGGCUGUUUGAGAAGAGCGAUGCAGCUGCAGAGGAGCAGGCGUGCCUGCUGCUAGCUCACCUCGGUGAACGCACGCCCUUGGUGCGCUCCCUGCUGACAGCCCAGCUGAACAGCCCCCGCUGGACAGCCCGGGCCCGGGCUUGCCGGGCUCUCCCCGGUGCCGGUGGGCACUUCAGCCAGGACCUAACGAAUAAGCUUUCCCAGCUGAUGUGGAAGGACUGGAACGCAAGAGUACGCCAGGCAGCUACUCUGACGCUGGGGCACAUGAAGCUUGCAAAGGAAAUCCAUGAUCAGCUCAGGGUGAAGCUGACCACCGGAAACUGCCAAACAAAAGUGCAAGCUCUCUCUUUGAUCAGGGAGCUGCAGUUCAUGACAGCCAAGUUAUUUCCAGGCUUUCUGCAGUGCUUCUCCAGUGACUUUGUUGCAGUGCGGAAGGAAGCCUGUCUUACAGCCGGAGCCCUUGGGAUUAAAGAUGAGCGUGUCCUUCAGUUUCUCUAUGAGAUGAUGCAGUACGAUCCUCAUUGGAAAAUCAAGGUUUUUGCCAUCAGAGCAUUGGGCCAAAUAGGCCAUGUGAGUCCUCAGCUGAAGCAUCUUCUUCUUUGGGCUCUUCACUAUGAGGAGGAGCCGGAAGUACGGAGAGAAGCCUGCUGUUGCAUUGCCAGACUCCACUUGCAGGAUGAAAAUGUUCGGGCUAUGCUAUUGGAAAGAUUGAUUCUGGAGCCAAAUGAAAUGGUCAGAGAAGAAGUGGAAAAAGCUGUGAAAAUCCUUAAUUUUCCCCAUGAGGAAGAUCAAGAAAUGAUUAGAGAGAUCAAGAAAGAGAUUUUCAGGCUAAGCCAAAAGGACUUGGUGACCCAGAAACUACUGAAACUUGAAGAGGUUACGGACUGGCUGCGGCAAAAGGCCAAUCGAAUCUGUUGGAGCAGGGAGGACCUUGACUCUGAAUGCGAAGACAUCCUGGAGAGGAUCACUGCUGUUUUUCAGUCCACUCCUGGUAAUUCUAAUACAAAAGUUUUAGAGCUAUUUCUCAUCUGAACUACGCCAGUACAGAAGAAAACAUCCCUUGGUUUUCUGAGCUCCCUCUGCAGCGAGAGGAGGCACUACUAGUCAGUCAGUAGCUCCCUAACAGGCACAGCAAAAUUAUGUAAGGUUCAU